AAUUCCGUCAGCAAGCCCCCAGCCUCCCAUAAGGAUCGCAUGUUGAAGGGUGCCUGCAUGCCUAAAUCCAAAGUGAUUGAUUUUGGACAGUGGUGUGGCAUUGUAAUAAUAUGUGGAUAUAUAUCAUUAGCACAAUUUGCAUUUCCAAAGUAUUCUAUGUAGCAUUUGAUAGCACAAUUUAGCUUUAAAAUGUCAGUGGAUUCAUUCUGAUCUGUCACUGUCGAUCAGUCUCUGGUGUCAAUGCACUGUCUGCAUUGCUGUUCUGAGGUGCCACUCUUUUGCGCAUAAUACUGUAAUCUCACAAUCUCAUCACAGUUUUAGCAUGUGCCAGGAAACGCUGUUGAUUCUAAUAAUGCAAUGACAGGGACAUCUAUAUUUCGUAUCCCUAGCCCGGCAGCGGAGAUAGAGCAUUCUCUUAUCGAAGAGAGAACUCUGCAAAGAUGCAGAUUGAUCAAUCAAUUGAUAGAAGGAGCGCUUGCCCGUGACGUAACCGCUUCUGUUGUGUGAAUGAGCGGAGGAGAAGCGUUCUUCCCAUGAAACGUUUUAAGAGUUGAAAGCACAGCAGUGGAUAUGGAGAAAUGUCACUUAACUGUCUGGAUUGAAAAGAGUAUAUUCUUGGAAAUGGUGCAAUCAAAUAAGUAAAAAGCCAGCGACACUGAUGCCAGGUGCAGGCCGUCGUUGGGAGCACUCCGAGCAGCACUUGGGAUGAGUGGUGCAGUAGAGCAGGCGGCAGACAUCCUGUCAGUCACAGACUUGGUCCGGGAGAGAUGGAGAGUGCUGAAGAAAAUUGGUGGGGGUGGCUUCGGGGAGAUCUACGAGGUGCUGGAUCAGCUGAGCCAGGUCAACGUGGCCCUGAAGGUGGAGUCUGCUCAGCAGCCCAAACAGGUGCUGAAGAUGGAGGUGGCCGUGCUGAAGAAGCUCCAGGGGAAAGAUCACGUGUGUCGCUUUGUGGGCUGUGGUCGUAAUGACCGCUUCAACUAUGUGGUGAUGGAGCUUCAGGGAAGGAAUCUGGCAGACCUGCGGAGAACUAUGUCUCGCGGCACCUUCACCGUCUCCACCACUCUGAGGCUGGGCCGACAGAUGCUGGAGGCCAUCGAGAGCAUCCACUCUGUGGGCUUCCUGCACCGCGACAUCAAACCGUCAAACUUUGCCAUGGGGCGCCUGGCCAGCACGUGUCGAUGCUGCUACAUGCUCGACUUUGGUCUGGCCCGACAGUUCACCAACUCUUGUCAGGAAGUGCGUCCUCCUCGUCCCGUGGCAGGGUUCAGAGGAACGGUGCGCUAUGCCUCAGUCAACGCACACAAGAAUAAGGAGAUGGGUCGCCAUGAUGACCUCUGGUCUCUCUUCUACAUGCUGGUGGAGUUCACGGUGGGCCAGCUACCCUGGAGGAAGGUCAAAGACAAAGAACAGGUGGGGAACCUAAAAGAGACCUACGACAAUCGUCUCAUGCUCAAACACCUCCCCUCAGAGUUCAGCGUCUUCCUGGAUCAUAUCCUGACCCUGGACUACUUCACUAAGCCUGACUAUCAGCUACUAAUUUCAGUSUUUGAAAAUGCCAUGAAGAGCCACCACGUGUUGGAGAACGACCCGUAUGACUGGGAGAGGUGCGACUCAGAGGAUAUGCUGACCAUCACCGGUUCAGCCACUACCGCUCAGCAACUGACCCGCCUCACACCAGCUUACAUUGGCAUGGCCAAUGCCUCGGUGCUCCCCGCCGAGCUGCAGAGGGAGAACACUGAGGACGUACUGCAGGGCGAGCGCCUCAGCGACGCMGACAACUGCCCCCCCAUCCCGGCCCAGCACCAACGUGCUGCCCAGGGCGUUGACGUGUGGGAGGAGAUGGACCGCAACCGCAACUGCAACCACGCCGCAGCCCAGCAACAACAACAACYGCUCAUCAGGAAGGUGGUGAAUGAGGACGAGCACAGCCGGAACCAGGGUGGCAACCAGAGCCAGAGCUCCCCCAGAAGGGUGCGCUCAGAGACCAUGUUCCUGGACCGGGCGGCCCCCCUGCUCCGGAGGAUGAGACACAGCCAGAGCCUGGCAUUCGAGAAGAGACUGGCUCCCGAACCCAAGCCCACCAUCGAACGCUUCCUUGAUGCCUAUCUGGGAAAUCAGCCUCCACAGGAGCGAGAGAUCACCAUCCCCGAAAGCGGCGGGGGGCGGGUUGAGCAGGUUGGCACCCCCUGUGACGAGGACCAGGCGACAGAGACUCCCGGCGGAGUGGGGACCCCCGACCAGGAGGAGGGGGCUGUGGCCCUGAACCUCAGUUCUGUUCCGCAGGAGGGAAACUCCCAGGAUUGGUUGAUGCUGGAGCAGGGGGGAGGCAGCCAAGCCUUGGGGGCAGCCAAGCCUCCAGGAGUCUAUGCUCUGGAUGGAAAUAAACUAGAGGUGCAUUCAGAGGCUGAGUUCCAGGACCACCAGCCUCCCUCAGCCCCGAGCAGCCCCGUCCUGUCCCACAUGGCCCUGCCCUGUACCUGGUUACUGGGCGGCAGGAGGCUGCCUGGGAUGCUAGGCCACAUGGGCCGAGCCCAGAUGGAGCAGUCUGCCAACCUUGUACCACAGUCCCCUGUGAUGGAGAAGAGUGAAGCCAUACCACUAGAGGCCCUGUCAACCAAACCCAAUGACCCCCAAGAGGUCAAGGUCGACGAGCUGGAGAUUGUCGAGUCAGCCCCCAGCCCUGUGCCAAGCCUCAUCCCAGCCCACCUCGCAAACGAUAAAGACCCAGAGAGCGACUCAGGCCUCCCCGACCGUUCCUCCGAACCCAACCAACACCCUCAGAUGGAGAAAGCCGGAAGUGCCGCGGAGAGCACCGGCACCUUCUCCUCCUCCCCUCCCCCACCCACCUUGGUACUGCUGCGAAGAGAAUCCCCCUCCUCGCCCAGAUUGAGCCGCAUCCCCAUACGAGAUCCAACCACCGUCCCGGAUUCCCCCACCAUAGACCGCCGCCACCGCUGGAGCAGCCCCGUGCCUGGCUCGCCCUCCCACUCGCCCUCGCCAUCGCUCUCCUGCGACAACAUGCUGCCCUGUGGCGUUCGGGAGAGGUUCCUUUCCUGCUCAGACCGUGGCUCACGCUCCGACUGGCUGGGGGAAGACCGUGACUCCCUCUCGCUCUCCUCCUCGGGCAGCAGGAGUAAAAUCCCCCGGCCCGUCAUUCCCCCUCUUCCGGGGCUCGAGCAGCAGCAGCUCUCCUCCUCCGGCAGGUUCCUGCCUCGUCCGCCUCCCGGGAAACCGCCCACCCGCCCAGCUGUAGACAACAGGCGCCGGCGUUUCCGGGUGCGCGCCAGCAGCACCAGCGACGCCGACUUCCUUGCCAGUCUGACCCAACUGAUAAAGGACCGAGGCGGUGCACUUUUCAGUCCGACGCCACACCCCCGCAGCUCUUCCUCCUCUCUACAGCGCUCACUCAGCUCCUCCCCCUCACGUCACGAGCUCCGCGAGGGGGGAGGGGUAUUCCUGGGGCGUAGCCGCUCUCCGUCCAGCUUCUCGGGGUCCCCUCCCCCUCCAUGGUACCCCCAGGACAGGCUUAGUGGGCGGCAGGGGAUCCCGUGGGGCGCAGGGCCCGGUGCCAGAGGGAGGGGCCCUAGCCACGAGGGCAAAGGCAGCGGCAAAGUGAGCCGAUAAGUGGACAGAAUUGGUAUCAGUGUGUUGUUCAGAAGGGCRCACCGUUGUAAAACAUUUUGCAACGAUAAACCCGAAAUGAGCAUUUCUAAUUAGACACGUUCAUGCAAGGGCCUUGUAAGUUCAUUAGGAGGCCACCUAUGGCGGCAGAUUGACGAGGGUGGCAUUUUCUGGGCUAAACUAAACAAGAUGCACACCCAACAACACAACCUCAAAUAAUUCUGCCCCAAAACAAUGACAAUUUCUCUCAACCAGUGGCAUAUGGGCUUUUUAGGUGAGCACUGAUGCCGCCCUGUGAUAAGCAGUUCCCACUUUGUCAAGGGCAGGGGCACAAAAAUGUUGCUUGUCCAUUGGGCGCUCCACCAACGUUCCGUUAAGAAAAUUAUCUAACAUAAAUCAUGUAGCAGAUAUAGCCAGCGUAAAAACAUGAGCCGUUCACAAUAAUUACAGCAAAAUGUCAAGAAAACUAUGCUAUUACACCACUUUAUAAUUACCGCAUGUCAGAGGCAUGACAAAUUAGCGAAUGGACUUGAAAACGGGUGGUAUAGCCUACAGUCAAAUGUGAUGUGGUUUGACGAGAACAUUGACAUUUUGCCAAGGCAGAGACGUGGCGACAUGACAAUAGCCAAAUUUGUCAUUUCACUUUUUGGUGUUUACGUUUAACAGAUGUCUCUUUACAUUCACCACUGUUUGGAGUCUGGUAAUAUGUUGCAAGUGGAUCAACGUGCACUGGUAGCCUAUGACGGAGCCCUUUGAAGUUUAACAAUCAGAUGAAAACAUUUUGACUGGUUGUUUUUAUGCCACAGUAUAAGGUAAUGCAUUUUAAAAGUUAAAUAACAGAUCUUUACGACUAGGCCCACUGAGAUCCUAUUGAAUUAAUAGGGACUCUAAUAUCAUUCUAUGAUUAGGCCCUUGGGAAAAUGUUGUGCGCACGCGGUUGGUCCCAUACCGGGAAGAAAUGAAUUAUACUUUCACCACUGAAUAUAGCAUAUGGUAGAAAGAGUAUGUGGCCUUUUCUGUAGCCUACAGGCCRGAGAUAAAAUGUAUGACAAUGUAAUGAGACUGACACUUUUUACAUCAUACAGGUUUCUCCGAUCAAAUACCCUAAUCUAAAUUGCGUUGACAUGUUAAACAACAUAUCCUAAAAACAGGACAGGUCAUAGUAAAAUGGACAAUAUGAAAUGGAUAAUCAGGUUACUCACAACUGCUGUCCAGAAGUUUCACCCCGUGGGCAAAAUGUUCAGUGGUUUAAAGUUUGUAUCUGUACAUUUUUGUCGAGCUGAUCAUGGCGAAAAAUAAAAUACUUCUGAUUUCCCGCUGUGUAAUCACAUUGCAAAUAGGCUCAGGAUAACUCCUGAUGAAGUUGUGAAGUUGAUAUUCAGAGCUGAAAUAGCCAAAUUGAUUAGUCACAGGAAUCAGGACUAAUAAAGCCAAUGCAACGCCUGUUUUACAAACGGUGGGUCUUCCACAUGGAUGGACAUUGAUACAAUUCCUUUGCAGACCAACACAGUAGGCUUCACUCUAGCAAGCAUGGGCCGACGUCUCCUGGAUGUCUUUUUUUGGUCCUGUCCGGAGCUGCCGUCUUUUAUUGGUGUUUUACAAACGGUAGGCCUACUACAUAGAUGGGCAUUCAUAAAAUUGGAAUUAGACGACACUGUAGGCUACACCUCAGUAAGCACGGAUCGAUGCCGUCGCCUUUUGGAUGUCUUUUUUGGGGGGAUCCUGUCUGGACCGGCCUUGAUUUCCACGUUCACGGAUGUUGGUUUUUAGUCCGGUCCAGACCAAAUCAUAGACAUCUAUGUUUGGUUCAGAUUUGGUCCGGUCUGGACCGUCUUUCAUUUGUCUCGCCUAGGGUGACAGAACAGCCAGGGCCAGCCCUGCUUUCAGCAGGUACAUCUCUGUUUCGUCCCCACUGCACACGGCCCAGGCGGCUAUGGUUACUCAGACUAAUAAUGUAUGUACAGAGAACGUACUGUAUCUGAUCCAAUCUUCAACUUUGACAGCAUGUGUAAAUAUGUAUGAUCUACUACUGUACUCCAGGGAAUGUACUGUAUGUAAUGUAAAAUGUAUGAUAGAAUGUAUCUAUUUAUUUGACGUGUCUCGAAAAAUGUACUUGAAAAAUGUAGCUUGAUUCCAGCGUCGGGAACGUCACGUUUCCGAAAAACAUUGAGAUGGUCUACUCUUUCUCCCUGACCCCAGUCCUGUGUUCUUAACACGUAUGUAUGUAUGUAUGUAUGUAUGUAUGUAUGUAUGUA